UCGUGGAUCAGAGUAAAAACACAGCUGGUCCUGCAAUACUCCACUACGAUUGAUUGCUUUCCCAUGUGAUUACCGUGGAAGGAAAGUCUCUCGAUGGUAAAUAUCCCCCGAAAAUUCUAAAUAAAAGGGGAAAAAUGGCCGCCCCAACCGCGACCACCACCACGUGUUUGUAAUCAGUGUCUCCUGGUGAUAAUCGCAUUAUUGCAAUUGAUUACAUGUUUUUACUCUGGACAAAGGAGUUUGUGUCGCCCCAGGGGAAUAUCUCAUCGUUCGAGGGAAAAAUACUUCGUCUUUCUCAUUCAACGGUUUUUUAGUACGUGUUCGAGAACCAUUGAGAGGAAUUUGUUUACCUUGAAUUUUCGAAUGAGUUUAGAUAAGUCCAAGGGAAACGACGGAAGCUAUCGAAAUGUCGUUUUCAAUGAAUUAAUGGGAGAUGUCCAUAAUGGAUUUUAAAUGCACUGGAAUAGUUUCGCGAAGGCUACAAUUUUUUUUUCAACAAAUUCCAUGGGCUCUUUUAUCGUCAUUCGGUGGCUUAUCGAUCUGUAUGUAUACAUUGCCUCGUGGCGACUCAGCUGUCGAGGUGCCAAGCCACGGUCACCAUCUGUUUCACCUGUCUUUCUUACUCCUUCGUUACUGUAUCGCAUCUAUAUUGUGCAUGCAUGCGACUGAUGGCUGUGGAAAAUCCCUGUGGGAGAUCGUCGAUCUCCACCAGAUAAUGCCCGGAUCCUCGGAGUCACUUCUCAUCGAAAAAAUAUUCUAAACCUCCCCAGGACUGUCUCAUCCCCCCUAAAAUGGCCUCGACAAGUGCUCACAAGCGUACAGGCUCGAACUCGAGCAUGUUCACCCACAAAAGAACCGAAUCGGGUUCGGGUUUCAUACCCCACAAGCGUCCGGAAGUUGGUCAUCGUCGUGCUGAGAGUAUAUCCAGUGCAUUUGGCCACAAACGUCCCGAAUUUGGCCACAAACGCAAUGGAAGUGGCAGCAUAUUUGGCCACAAAAGAUCAGAAUCAGCAAGCCACUAUUACCCAGGUCAUCGUCGUAACGAGAGUAUGUACGCCAUGACAGGUUUAUACGCAGAGAGUACAGGAAACAGUCAUUCAGUUGGUCUUGAUCUACUUCCUCCAAACGAGGGAAGACUGACCCACGAUACAGUGAUAAGAUGUCACAGUAGAAAUCCAAGUUCAGGUCUCGUUGAUCAUCGUGAUUUUAUUAUCAAGUGUCACAGCAGAAAUCCAAGUGCCUCAUUUGUUGAUAAAACCGAGAAGGAGAGGCCCCACACACCUCCGAUGAACCUAGACUACAAAGACUGUGGAAUACUGAAUUGCAGGCCAGCAGUUAUUCAGAGAUUUGCUGGUAUCAAAGUCUUUGUUUUUCUUUUGUCAUUUUUGGUGACUGUUCAGCAGGCCCUAAGCUCUGGCUACAUAAACUCAGUGAUAACGACAAUCGAGAAGAGAUUUGAAAUACCAUCGAGCUUGUCAGGACUCAUUGCCAGCUCAUACGAAAUUGGUAAUGUCACGACUGUUAUUUUUGUCAGUUAUCUGGGCAGCAGGAGACAUAUACCUGUUUGGAUUGCCAUUGGUGCUGCUAUUAUGGGCCUGGGAUCCAUGAUAUUCAUGAUUCCUCACUUCACUGCUGAACAGAAUCUAACGACAACACUCAAUAAUUCCAGCUCUGAUAAUAUUUGUCGUGUUGUUUCACUGAGAGAACAGGAUAUGGGACUUGGGAGAUUGUCAUCUGGCCUUUCAGCACCUCCAUUGGCACCACAUAAUAAUCUGAGGGGGGACAAUUGUAUACAGGGAUCACCUUCCACAACUGGACCAGUUAUGCUUUUUGUUCUUGCACAGUUACUUUUAGGAUGUGGUGGAUCACCACUUUUCACACUUGGAACGACUUAUAUUGAUGAUCAUGUUAGACCUGAGAGUGCUUCAUUGUAUAUUGGAUGCAUGUACAGUAUGGCUGCUUUUGGUCCUGUACUGGGCUUCCUUCUUGGUGCUUAUUUGCUGUCGUUUCAUAUGGAUUCAUUGUCAUCCACCACCAUUGACAUUGAUCCUGGGGAUCACAGAUGGGUGGGAAUGUGGUGGGGAGGUUUUUUACUGUGUGGAUUGCUACUUGUUCUCGUUGCUAUUCCAUUCUUCAGCUUUCCUAAGACACUUAGCAGGGAGAGGGAGAAGCUGAAGAUUGUUGUGGAGAAGAGUAAACAGGGGGGAAUGGAGAAGGAGAAGUGCAAGGAGAAGGAUACGGGGAAGGAUGACAGUGGAUAUGGGAAGGAUGUUAAGGACAUACCACGAAGCAUGUGGCGACUCGUCUGCAAUCCAGUGUACGUGAUAACCUGCCUUGGUGCCUGUAUGGAACUUGUUAUAGUCUCUGGUUUCGUCGUAUUUUUGCCAAAAUAUCUUGAGACCCAGUUCAGCUUAGGAAAGAGCCAAGCCAGUAUAUUCACUGGAUCAAUAGCAAUGCCUGGUGCUUGCAUUGGAAUAUUUUUCGGUGGUUGUUUGUUAAAACGACUGGAGCUGAGGCCAAAGGGGGCUGUACAGUUUGUUCUUGUAUCGAAUGUUGUGUGUUUGAUGUGCUACAUUCUACUAUUUUUCCUUGGUUGUGACAAUGUCAAAAUGGCUGGUACAACAAUACCAUAUUUCAACAGCAGUACCAAAGCUGCUGAACCAUUUCAAGUUAAUCUCACAGCGUCCUGCAAUUUUGGAUGCGAAUGCCGAAUGAACGAUGUUGAGCCAGUUUGUGGUAACAAUGGACUCACAUACUUCAGCCCUUGUCAUGCUGGCUGUACUGCCUUCAGUUCAAAAUCAAAUUUCACGAAUUGCGCAUGCAUUCAUGGAAACUUGUCGAUGUUAUCACCGGCGGCCAAUGAAUUUGCUGAAGUAACAGCAAUACCAGUUGCAACGGCUGGACCAUGCACAUCACCAUGCAACACAAUCUUCCCUUUUCUCAUUUUACUCUUCUUCAUGACUUUUGUUGUUGCUGUUACGCAGAUGCCACUGCUCAUGAUAGUACUUCGGUCAGUCUCCGAGGAAGAGAGAUCGUUUGCCCUCGGUAUGCAGUUCGUGAUAUUCCGUCUUUUCGGUUACAUUCCUGCUCCAAUACUCUUCGGAAAUUUGAUAGACUCUACUUGCCUCCUCUGGAAGAGCACCUGCGGUGAAAAGGGGGGCAGAUGUUUACUCUACGAUAUUGAACAGUUCAGGUACAGAUACGUUGGACUGUGUGCAGGUAUGAAGAUACUCGCUCUAGCUCUAUUCCUCCUGGACUGGUGGCUCAUAAGGAGAAGAAGACAAAUGGAGGAUAUGCCACCAGCACUCACUGUCAAUGAUCUCAUUGGAUCAAUAAUAAGUCUCGAUAAACUGUUCGAGGAAAAACCCAGCAAUCAAAAUAAUCAAGAUAAUGAGCAUGUGACGUGUAAUUCAACUAGCAAUACUCAAUCGUCGAUAUCGUCACCGACUGAGCCAACAAAAUCAACAAAUAUUGAGGAAUCAGAGUCAGCGCAGCUGACUCAGGGCUCGGUCGAUUCAAUGUCUCAUCCAAAAUUAUUAACAGAUUAUUCGGACACUAAUAAUCAUCAUGGUUAAUGAUAGUUUUAGGUUUAGGAAUGAAAAUAAUAGGGGGAUGGGAAAAGGGAUCGUUUUAUUAGUGGAAUUUAUGGGAUAUUAUUGUGACAGCAUUUAUUGGGGACUUUGGGGAUGUUUACCUCGGUUUUUUUAUGGAUAUUCGAGUAUUUUUGGUGAGUUUGUGCCCGUUUCGGGAUUUUUAUUGUCAAAUUAUCAAGUUUUACUGCACGAGAAUUGUUUUUAACAUAUUGACAAAUACAUUUUGAGGAUAAGUAGGGAUUUGAAGGAUUUUUUUUACUGAUCUCACGUGAAACCAAUAUCAUUUUCGAUAUAAUUGAAGAUUUAAUUGCUCAUAUUGAUGGAGAAUUUCAAUUGUUUAAUUUUGGAGGUGAACUGCACGAAAACAAUUUUUUCAAUCAAUAAAAAGAUUUUAUCCAUUUUUUUGGUUAAUAAAUUAGGAAAAUAUUCAUGAGAAACUGAUUUUUGAAAUUUUCUCAACAAGUUAAUGGGUUCAUUUGGCAAAGAAUUAUUCAGUUUACGCUUUUAAUUAUGGUGAAUAAAUAUAAAAAAAUUAUUUGUUCAUGAGAAACUCAUGUUGAAGAUGAUCUCAAUGACAAAAAAAUCAGAAGUACUUGAAUAUCGUUUAAUUGGCCAUACUUAACGCGUUAAAAAUACUGGUGUGAAUAUCCCCAUUGACGGAUACUGUAAAUAUAACGACUAACUGCCUUAAAACCGCAAAAUUAGGGAUCUAAUCUGUCGAUUGUAGGCGUACUACAUCUAUCAAACACUCUGAGGUUAUCAUUAAUUAAAAAAAUUCAAUAGAAAAGACCUAUUAGAGUUUAUUCAAAAAUUCUAUUCACUUUCUGACAAACAGUCCUUGAAUUUCUUCUGAUUAGACUUCUCCAAUAAAAUUGAAUAAUAAUGACUAAUAAAAAAUCGACUUUACCAAUUCCCACGAGGAAUGAUUAAUUCGUUAAAAAUAAUUAACUAUAAUUUUUUGGGUUAACUACUCUAUGACCGAAAUUUUUCCACGUCUUUAUGAGAAAUAAAUAAAAAAUCGAGUUUGAUCAUUUUUACUGGAAAAUGAGAAUUUAUUGUUUUUUUUGUAAAAUAUAAAUUUAACAAAGUUAAUGUUAUGGACGAAAUGUCAGUUGAACUCUCAAAAUAUUCCAAUAGAAUUUUUUUAUUGAAUUUUUUUUCACACGAGAGCGAACAAAAAUAAUUGAGUGAAGAGUCUCGUAGUAUAUAAGUUGCACAUUAUUUCAUAUCAACGAGUUCUAAGCAGUCAAUAUAGUAUUAUCGGAUAAAUGAACAAUAUUGAACUCCAUUUGUAACCUUUUUACUUCUUCCUUCAAUGGAAUUGCUGUGACGAUUCAUUUGUACAGGGGAACGAUGGCAAUAGUUACGAAAGUGAAUAAUUUAUCAAUUAUUAAUAUGUACAGAUUAAAAUUCAAAAUCCAUACGACUAUCUCAUACUUAAUGAUUCACUCGUGUGAUUGAGUUCCGAAGGCGCAUACGAUACUGAUAAUUAUCGAUAGAUUUGUAUUGAUAAGAUAGACUAUUAACUGGAAUAGUGAGAAAAUAAUUGUAAAAUACUGUUGGAGGGUAAGAGUGAUGUUAUCACGUUGGAGAUGGAUUCAAUUGAAAAAUAGUGGAACUAAUUGCCACUUUUGACAUUAGGGUUGUACCUGAAGCUUUCUCGAUUGUCCCGGAGGAAGUUAUCAUGAUAAUUUAAUGACUGGGAAAUUUAACAAAUCAUUUAUUCAAUUCGGGAACACGAGAAAUUUUUCGUUUUGCCAUUUUGGUGAUGAUUUUAGGGGAGUAAAUAAUUGGGAGAAAAUUUUGGAACAGAGGGGUGGGUAAUCACUCUCGGGGGGUUUAUGUCCAUGAGGUGAUGAUAAUCAUUGGCACUUCGUACUGAUUUUUUACGAAAUUUUGGGGACAAGUUGGGGAAAUUUUGGGAAUUUCUGGGUUAUUAGUCGAUGAAGAAUUAUAAAAAUUCAUUCAAUCAGAAUUAAAUUCCGAGAAUUGACGUUUCCAGUGAAUUAUAUUUUUUAAUUGUCAAUGAAAAAUUUAAUGCAGCUCCCAGUGAAGUUCCAAAUGUGCGAUAAUUUUAUUGUUUUUUUUAUUUCAAUAAUUUAAAUUAAUAUUUCGAAUCUGUUUAUUAGAGGAAUCGACAUUUCCCCAGGAUAUCACAGCACUUGAAUCACAGAAUUCAUGGAAUUCCACUUCAGUGACGAUAUUUAAUGAGUGAUUACCCCCUCUUACUCGUCAAUAUAUGUGCAAUCGCCGUCAAUUGUUCACAAAUGCUAGUGCACUGUGAAUCAUCAAAGGAAAUGAGUGAAUCAAACUCAAUUAUCAAAGAGCUCAAAAAUAGUAAGUUAAUGACAAAGAAAUGAAAGAGAUUUAUCGUUCUCUCUCGAGAUUGUCUGCUCCAUUCGACUGUAUGCGAUAGUCGAUUCAUGAUCGAUUGUUAAUCGAUGAUUAGUCGAUUAACAUUCGAUGGCAAAUCGUUGCUCGAUCGUUGUUCGAUCCAUGAUUGACCCAUUCGAUCGCCAUCGACCAGCCCUCGAGUGCUGAGCUCGACCCUCAUAUCGAAUGGUGCAUUAUUCCAGAAUUCGAUGAAUCGACGUAUGCGAUUGAUUGUUUUUACGAGAGAAUGACAUUUUUUGGGAAAAAUUUAGAAUAAAAAGCGACUAAAAUCGUCGUGAAUCGCAUGGUCUGCUCGAAAAUGUGUGAAUUAUUUUCAACAUUUGACGAAUAAAUUUAUAUUAUGACUAAAUUACGAGAAAUUAGUUUAACAUUAAAUACGAACGUAUUCGUUAAUAAAUCGCUUGAAAGAUAAUGGAGAAUAAACAAAUUUCGUAGGUGAAUUGCAUUUUUUUUUUUUGUGAAAUUAAGAAAGUGACGACAAUUGCAAAACAUUUUUAUUAUCAAAUUUUGCUGAGUAAAAAUUUAGAAAAUUUCAGUUUCACCGGCUUUUAUGUACCUCCGUACCAUCGAUGAUGGUAAAACAAUGUCUAGUUUACUGAAGGUCAAGAGACAAACUCGACAAAGAAUCAUGUAUAACGACGAUAGCUUGCAGUUAUUCAAGGCCACCAUUGUAAAUAAAAAACAAAUUUAUAUAAAUAGAAUUUGGUAACAGUUGGUAGUCGAGAGAGCGUGAUGGCCCUUCGUUAUUAACGACUAAGAUAUGCCUUAAAUCAAUAAAGAAAUUUGUUGGUACGACAAAAUUCAAUAACGCUAUCAGUGAUUACUCCCAGAGAAAGGACAAAUGGGGUGAUUUUAAGCGAUAACGCAAUCAGUGCAAUUGUUCAACGUCAGGGUUUCUGUUUCAUAUCAAGAAAUUUGUAAAUUAGGUAUUAUUGUUAGUCCUUGAGUGACUGGUGAAUGUGAAAUCAUUGGAUUAUUAUAAUACACGAAAUCUGGCGAUGUCUCGACUCA